CCCCCGUGCAGGGCGACAGCCCACUCCUCCUCUUCCUCCGCAGGGCGACCAUGGCCGAGUUCACGCGCCCGCGGGGCAAGCGGCAGGAGGACAGCGGACUGGGCAACGUCCUCGACCUGCUGCUGGCCAACGCCAGGCUGGUGCUAGGCGUCACUGGCGCGGCCGUGCUGGCCAUCGCCACGCUGGCCGUCAAGCGGCUGAUAGAUCGAGCCACCAGUCCUCGCGAUGAAGGCGAUCCCAAAGCUGAACAGAAGACCCUGGAGGAGAGUUGGCAGGACUUAGCUUUGAUUAAAGCAACACCAAAACCCCCCAAGAAGCAGAGAAGGGAAGACCUCAGCGAACCUCUGCUCUCUCCGGCUCUGCCGCUGGUGCCAGAGCUCAGGGUCUGCUCUGCCCCUCCAGAGACUCCCCAGGUCGAAUCCAGCUCUCCGUGCUGCCUCACGCUGCAGGAGAAGCUCCUCUCCUACUACAGCAGCCGGCUCACCGUCCCUGAGACACAAGCAUCUGUCUCCCUGCAGCUGGCCAGGAGCAUCUGCACCCAAUUACAGAACUUUCUGCGGAGCAAGUGCCCAGAGCUGCCCUUUGGCAGCCUCUUCCUCAGUGGUCCCCUGCUCGAUGGCCUUGGGGCGCUGGCGGCCGACCACAUCCACCUCAUGCUGCCAGUGGUCCUUGAUGCCACACUCUGGAGCCUCAUCCCAGGAGAGGACACUGUGGUGAGGAACCCCCAGUACUGGCUGAUCAAGAGGACUGAUCUGGAGUAUUUUCCUCGUGGGCGCAGCCCUUGGGACAGGUUCAUCGUGGGCCGGUAUCUCUCCUCCAACAUGCUCAAUGAGACCCUCCACAAGAUGCUGGUGGCCUCCAUCAACUGGCCUGCCAUAGGCAGUCUGCUGGGGAGUGUCAUCCACCCCGUUGUGGCCUCCCAGGAGCUGAAACUGGAAGUCAAAUAUGAUCAGAUAAAGCUGAGCAUCACCCUGUUCCCAGUGGUGGAAAUGGAGGACAAGGUUCUCCUGGCUGCUCCUCCUGAAGGACUGGUGGAAAACCUCUGGCUUGAGAGUUUUUACAGGGCAGAGGUCUCAAAGGUGAAGGAGCUGGAUGCUGGUGACUCUGGGGCUAGGCAGCGCUGCCUCUGCAUUCUGAACAGCAUCUGCAAGAGCCAUCCUGCCCUGCACAAACUGAGUGGCAGCCCCUUGACCCACGUUGUCCUUCACCUCAGUGCCACCAGUUUGGACUGGGCAGAAGAAAGCCUUGCUGACAUGUUCCAGCAGCUGCUCGAGGAGCUGGUAGGCUACCUGGAGAAAGGGGUCCUGCCUUCCUAUUUCAACCCCAAAAUCAACCUCUUCUGCGAUCUGUUGGAAGAGGAGAUCGAUGAGAUGGGCUUCAUGCUCUACAGGGCCAUAUCGGAGCCAGAACUCCUGCUGAAGGAGAAAUGACUGGUGCGUGGGGAGCUCCCAAAUGUAGGGUGUUCCUCGCCCAUCUGCUGCUCCCCACUGUGAGGGUUGCAAUGCUUCUAGUUGACUAGUCAGUAAGAGGCAAAGUUCUUGCACUUUAUAAGAAAAAAAUAAUAAUUUCCUGUCUGAAUAAAACGUGCCUGAAUCGAGGUGGGUGCUGGCCUGAGGAGCCUUUGGCUGGGAGGCUCUGCUGAACCCAGGGCGAGUGCAGCCCACACCUCAAGUUACCUACAGGUGAGUCCCGCCAAUGGGAGCCAACGUGAAGCAUGUUUGGUCUCUGGUUCCCAGUGUCCUCUGCCUGUCCCAGCUGCCAGGCUUCCCUUGUGCUCUGAGACCAGUGGGGGAGCUGAAGGGGAGCAGUUUCUUGCUGCUGCUGCAUCCAGCAGACCCCACGGGUGCAGUGUCCUGGGUGGGUCCUUUCACCAGCACCCAACUUGGUCUUAUUGUGCCAUGCUCCCAGGCCAGCUUUUGGGACAGAGUGGGAGCCUCAUCUGUCUUUAGGAUAUUUCCAAGCUGAAAUAAAGCCCCAGCGAUGACCUGGGUGGUUGUCUGGGCGCUUGAAGGUAGAGCCAUAGCAAACGGGGCUGUGAGUUUACUCUCUGGAAACCCUUUCAGCUGCUAAAAGGGGUGAACUUAGCCCUACCUCUUCAUUCUGCCAGCAUCGGCUCUGCCCCGAGGAAAGGGCGUGCUUCCAGCAUGGCACUGGGGCUUCGUGGUUCUUGUCCAACACAGUGUUUUUCCAGAAGAUACUCCAAAAUAGGCAGUGGUGAAAGAGAGCUGCAGGCUGCCAGGAGGCUCCUGGUAUCAGUCCCUCGGUGGAGGCUGUAGCAGGGCUGCGUGUGCCCUCCCUGACGGAUGGGUCGCUGCCAGUGUCUGUCUGCGGGUGCUUGCUGCUCUGCAGCAAACCACAGUGUCUCCAGUCUGCCCAGUGACCUUUUCACACACAUAUUGCUGCUGUUCUGAGGUCCUGCUCCCCUGGAGCCCCGUGGUGUGGGGCAGGAAAGGAGGACAGGAAUGAUGCUCUGAGCAGAGUGCUUGCAAGAACUGAAGCGGUUUAUGCUUUUUAUUAAGAAUGUAUGUUGAGUUUGAGUAUUUUGUUUUUGUUUUUUUGGUUUUUUUUUUUGAGUGGCUGCUAGUAGGCAUUGGUUCUGGCUGUGGUCCCAAGGAGAAGGAAUAUAUUAUUAUAUUUAAUGAGAAGAGCUGUUUUUUGCACACUGGUGGAGUUGAGAGAAAUCCUAUGAACUUCAAUGUGAGCAGCUGUUGUGGUUUAGUUUUCUUUACUGCUGUAAUCUUGUUUAUGGGAAGAAGAUAAACCCUAUCUGAAAACCACUUAGUUUGUUCCUCCAAACCACUUCCCAGGUGCUAGCAAUGAGAAUAAACCCUCCCUGUGUCUACUAGUU